AACGCAACCGAGAAACGAACCGUCUGGUUAUAAUUCACAAGAACUCGGUUCAGAGAGAAUUUGUGGGCGAUGAUCUCCGGAAAUGCAUCGAAAAGCUACAUUCUUCCUCGUAUUUUCAGUCAUCUUCUUCAUUUCUUGUUUAGUUCUUGUCGGAACCGUCGACAUCAGAUCGCACUUCUUCACUCUGCUUCAGUCUCAGCCAAUUUCCCCUUUCCCAUGUGCCGCCGACUCUCCUCUCCGGGUGUACAUGUACGAUCUUCCCCGUCGUUUUAAUGUCGGGAUUAUGAAUCGCCGAAACUUGGACCAGACUCCAGUCACCGCCUCCACUUGGCCGCCAUGGCCCAAAAACUGGGGGUUGAAGCGGCAGCAUAGUGUGGAGUAUUGGAUGAUGGGUUCGCUUAUACAUGAAGGUGCUGGUGAUGGCAGAGACGUGGUUAGAGUCAUGGAUCCAGAGAAUGCCGAUGCCUUCUUUGUGCCGUUUUUCUCUUCGUUGAGUUUCAAUUCACAUGGACACAACAUGACCGAUCCGGCCACGGAGAUUGAUCACCAAUUGCAGAUCGAACUUAUGAAAUUCUUGAGCGAAUCUAAGUAUUGGCAGAGGUCUAGGGGUAGAGACCAUGUCAUUCCCAUGACACAUCCUAAUGCCUUCAGAUUUCUUCGAGACCAGGUGAAUGCCUCGAUACAAAUUGUAGUGGAUUUCGGCCGCUAUCCAAAAGCCAUGUCGAAUUUGGGAAAAGACGUGGUAGCUCCGUAUGUGCAUGUCGUGAGUUCUUUCAUUGAUGAUGACCCUCAGGAUCCAUUCGAGUCUCGGAAGACAUUACUCUUCUUUCAGGGAAAGACGUUCAGAAAAGAUGAUGGAAUUAUUCGUGUCAAACUGGCUAAGAUAUUAGAUGGUUACGAUGAUGUUCACUAUGAACGUAGCGCUGCAACGGAGAAAAGCAUAGAAACGUCUUCUGAAGGGAUGCGUUCAUCAAAGUUCUGCCUGCAUCCUGCAGGAGACACGCCAUCAUCUUGUCGGCUAUUCGAUGCUAUUGUAAGCCACUGUGUUCCUGUCAUUGUUAGUGAUCAAAUAGAGCUGCCAUUUGAGGAUGAAAUUGACUACACUCGAUUCUCGUUGUUUUUUUCGUUCGAAGAGGCACUGCAACCUGGUUACAUGGUUGAUAAACUCAGGCAAUUUCCUAAAGAGAGAUGGAUUGAAAUGUGGAAGCAACUAAAGAAUAUCUCCCAUCACUAUGAAUUUCAGUACCCUCCUGAAAAGGAAGAUGCCGUCAACAUGUUAUGGAGACAGGUUAAGCACAGGCUUCCCGCUGUCAAACUUGCUGUUCACCGAAGCAGACGGUUGAAAAUCCCGGACUGGUGGCGAAGAAGAUGAACACUGUAGCCCUGUUUUUUCCGGUACAGCAUCUCUAAACUCUCACUUUCCUAACAAUUCAAAGUAAAUCAUCAACUUUCCGCUGCUGAUUUCGAUAAUCUUCCUCGUCUCAAGCUUCGCGGAUUGAUAUUCAGUUGUAGUUUCACGUUCUUUCAAAAAAAAAACGAGACCACCCUUGUAACAUGGCUCAUGAGCUUGACUGGCUUGGGAGUGUUCUAAUUGUGGAGGCAGGCUUGUAUAGAACAUUUUGAGAAUUUUUGGGGAUUUUGUUUUUGAGCUGGCUGUUUGUAAUAGGAAUUCUUUUGUAUUUUCAUGGCUUGGAUCAUGUUAUAGAUAUUGUAUUCUUGCAGUUACACAAAUUGAUUAGGUACAAAAUAUUGGCAUCAUUACGCUGUA